UAUAGCUGGGUGUGUGGAACUAUGGAGCUUAAAUGUUCAGUGUUAGUCUGUUCAUCCACAACAAAACCCUUGGUUAUGAGGGUCUAUAUUUAUAUGUAGACCGUUUUCCUUGCAAUUUGGACAUUCAAGUUUUGAAAUGUUUAUCGUUCAUAGCCAUUUAUUUACUUUCUUACUCUCUGUCAUUUUUCGGCGGACUGACUCGGAUGAGGUGCACUCCAUUUUAGGCACCUACACUGCGGUGACCCGUUCUGAGUUCACUUCAGUUCUGUGGCUCGAUGGCGAAGCAGUUGACUCCUACAGCAGCGAUGGCGCGGUCAUCAUGCCCAUGCGAAACUGGAUGCGUGAAGGUGACGGCCAUGAUCUGUGGAACACAGUCAGACGCCUCAAUAUGCAGCAAUGGGACAGAGGCAGAACUGCCAUCUUAAAUGACAAAGGAAUUCAAAUGGCUGGUGCUGCCGUCCUGCAGGGGAGAUUCGGCUGUGAGAUCGAGCUAAAACCGUAUUUUAGAAUUACGAGGACCUUUGCACAGUUCGGAUGGAAUGGAGAGGACUUCCUGUCCUUCAACAUCUCCAGGCAAAAGUGGGAGGCUUCAGUGAGAUCUGCUGUCCCCAUUGAAACCAAGUGGAACAGUGACACGGACAUCAACAAAAAUAUCACAUUCUACUUAGACUUCCUCUGCCUGAGACAUGUGAUGAGGAGUUCGAACUACGAAGAAACGGAGAGCCAGGAGACACCUCAGCCCACUGCUGCAUUAUUCGCUAAGAGGUACCGGAACACUGGGAAGGUUAUUCUUACCUGCCUAGUUUCAGGAUUUCGCUGCAUUAACAUGACGGUGGGGUUUUAUCGGGAUAAAGACAUCUUGGCUGAAAAAGAUGGCCUUUUGUCCACUGGGAUCAGACCGAACGGGGAUGGGACCUGCCAGCUGAGAAAGAGCUUGGACAUCUCAAACAGCACUGAGGAGUCCUAUAGCUGUGGAGUCCAUUUUGGAAAUCUGACGGUCAAAUGGGACGGGAAGAUAUGGGACCUGGCUGUAGACCAUAUCAAGAGGCAUCACUACUGGUCACUAGCACCUAUAGUGCUUUUAAUUUUGAUGCUGAUGCUCAUAUGGUUCACAGCUGUGAAACAGGACAAAUUCACCACAGAAGUGUGACCCUCACAUCUUAUCUUGCAGUCACACUGAGGGAAUUGACUGUGACAACCACCGCCAGUUUAAAUCCUCUGCCGAUGUGAUCUGGAUCUUGUGGCGCUGCCGAAAUAUGGCAGGAUCUGGUGGAUUUUUAUGUCAUGUUUUUUUUAGGUUCCUUUGUUGCCAUGGUAUUUCUUCGCCUGGCCCUAUAGGUCAAACACUUGUAGCAUAAUUGUAGAUGGCCUGUUGAGGACUCAAAUACCGCCAUCUAGUUUUAGUUUUUCGUUUUUUUUUUUGUGAAAUCUUAAGUUCACUCUCCAAUUGAGAGUGUAUAAUUGCUGUGAAAGUAAAACACCAAUACAUUCACACAUGGUGUGAAUCAACAACAAACAAUUUCGAUUUAUUUUACACAGUGAUAUCUGUUGUAU